AUGAAAUUAUCAGAGAGCACAAUAAAUAAAGACUAUCCAUUCUUAAGUGAAGAGGAAGAUUCGAAAAUAAUUUCAUUAAUUUGUAAUUAUUUAUCAUUAGGUCAAUUUGAAUUAGCAAGAGCAUUAAUUUUACAAUCACAAGAAAAACAACAACUAAAAAAUCAACAAAAACAAACACAGAGCGAUAAUAAUAAUAAUAAUAAUAACAAUAAUAACAAUAAUAACAAUAAUAAUAAUAAUAAUAAUUGUGACAGAAUAUCAUCAAUUCUAUAUCAUACGAUAAGAAAUGGACCACCAUCAACAUGGUUAACAUCAGAAUCUAUACCUUCAUCACCUCAUUUAUCUUGGUUAUGUUCAAUUGAAUUUUAUCAAUUAAAUAAGGAUGGAUUUAUAUCUAGUAUUAGUGAGAAAACAUUAUUACUUGUUGAAUUUGCUAUAUUAAUUUAUACAUUACUUGGAGAACAACAAAAUAAUGAUAGUAGAAAUAUUCAACCAAUUAUACAAGAAUUAAGAGAAUAUCAUUAUGUACUUUUAUCACAACAGCGUCAACAAUCAAAUAAUAAAAAUAAUAAUAAUAAUAAUAUAGAUAAUUUAUCAGAACAACAAAUUUAUCAAAUGGAGAGUAUUCUAUUAAGAAGUAAAUUAGGUAAUUCAACAAUAUCAAUUUUAAAGACAAUAUUAAUUAAUAAUACUGAAUUUGGUAGAUACAUAAUUAAACAAUUUACAAAUCCAUUCAUAUCAUCAUUAAAUAAUAAUAAUAAUAAUAAUGGUAUUUCAAAUUCAUUACUUUAUUCUAGAUAUCCAGUAACUCAACAAUUAGAAUCAUUGGUAGCAGAGGUUAUCACUUUAUUAAUUGAUAGUUCUCAAUAUAAUGAAGCCUAUAAUCUAUUAUCAAUAAUAGAUAUUUCAAAUAAUGAUAAUAGUAAUAGUAAUAAUAAUAAUAAUAAUAAUAAUAACAACAUAAAUAGUGAUGAAGUUGAUAGUAAUAGUGGUGAUAAUAACAUAAUUUCAAAAUUAUUAGAAAGAGUAGCAAAUUUAAAUAAUUCAAAUUUUGGUAAUAAUGUUGAAGAAUUAACAUUAUUAAAAAUUCCUUUCUCUUCAAAAUUAUCAAAUCUAGAAACUGAUAAUAAUAAUAAUAAUAAUAAUAAUAAUAAUAAUAAUAAUAAUAAUAAUAAUAAUAAUAAUAAUAAUAAUAAUAAUAAUAAUAAUAAUAAUAAUAAUAAUAAUAAUAAUAAUGGUAAAUCAAUUUCAAGAUUAAAGAUUUAUGAAUCAUUACUAUCAAAUCCAACAUUAACUCCAUUAAAAACAUAUUUAAAACAUGAGGAAUCAAUAUUAAAAGAGAAUUCUUCACAACAACAACCAAUUGAUUUUCCAGAAUGUUUUGAGAUUUUAAAAAAUUAUUUUAGUUUAAAACCAAAACAAUUAGAUAUAAAUAGUAAAAACAACAACAACGAUAAUAAUAAUAAUAAUAAUAAUAAUAGUAGUAGUAGUGGAAGUAAUAGUAGUAGUAGUAGAAAUAAAAAUAAUUUAAAAAAUAAUUUAAAAUCAUUUGAUAGAAAGGAUAGUGAAUAUCAAAAUGCAGAGAGUAUAUUUUGGUAUUGGUAUUAUCAUUUCCUUAGAGUGAAUGAUCGUCAUUAUUUAGAAUAUGCAUUAGAGAAAUCAAUUGAUUUAAUAAAGAAUAAAAGAUUUGAAGAAGCUUUAAUAGUGGUUAAACCAUUUGAAAAGUUAUUACCAUUAUUAAUUCUAUUAUGUUGGGAUCAUUUCGAAAAUGAUAUUACUUCAAGAAAACAUUUAACAAAUUUAUUAGAUUUAUCAAAAGGUAUUUCAAAAUUUAAUAAAAAUAAUAAUAAUAAUAAUAAUAAUAAUAAUAAUAAUAAUAAUAAUAAUAAUAAUAAUAAUAAUAAUAAUAAUAAUAAUAAUAAUAAUAAUAAUAAUAAUAAUAAUAAUGGUUUUGAAGAAACAAGAUAA